UCCAUUCAUAGCCAAUUCAGUCAUGUGAAGAAUGGUCAACUAUCUUCAGAAGAUUUCUUAACUUUCAGUUCAGUAUAGUCAAAAGUUGUUGUGAGGAACACAUUCCCUGAGAUAGUUUUAUCAACCAGCACUCAAGAUGAUGGUUUAUAGGUGCCAACAGUUAUCCCUUUUCUUCUUGUUGGUUGUACUAACUUCCAACAUGAUCUCCCUUGUCACAGCUGACAAACGAUCCUAUGAUCGGAAUCCAUCGCGGUACAAUGAACUAGGAGGACGUGACCGUUCAGAUGACAGAAGUCAAAUGGGUAACCCACAUGAUGACAGAGAUCGAAGAGGCAAUGCACGAGAUGAUCGUGGCGAUCGUGGUGAUCGAGUUGACCGAGACCGAGACCGAGACCGAGACCGUGGGAGCCGUGAUGACCGUCAUGAUCGCAUGGAUCACAGUGACACGGAUGACCACAACGACCGUGACACUGUCUAUAACACCAUUGUCAAUCCCAAUGAGCGUGGCAUCAGCCAUAGUCCAGAUGAUGGUCAUAACCAUGGAUAUACUCAUAACUCUGACCAUGAGGACAACACCCGGGCCAAUAAACAUGGUAAGGAGAAUGGUGGUGCUUCAAUUGGAUCCCAACUCUCUUGGUUCCAAAGGAUUGUGUUGGCUGGAACAUCACUACUGAUGGUUGUUAUGUAAGGGAAUGAUUUCCACCACCACCAUCAUCCCCACCACAACAUACACAUAGUGAACAGUAGGGAGUGCAUAAUAUACAUAUAUACAUACAUAUAUACAUACAUAUAUAUACAUACAUAUAUAUACAUACAUAUAUAUAUAUGUAUACAUGUAUGUGUAUAUAUAAGAGACAGGUCCUUUAUUGGAUCAUAUGUAACCGGGGAAGCUACCAUUUUAAAGUUUCCUCAUUAGUGGACUGUUUGUAGGAAAUCAUAGAUUUGAGUGUUAGUUUUGUAUAGAACAUCGUUUCCUCCUGCCCCCUCUUCUCUGAUCCUCUGUGCAGGUCACUUUUUCAGAUCAACUCAGUGUUUAAUACAUGAGUAUUAGUGUGUACAGUAAUGUGUUAUCGUGUUUAAUGUAUACCACUGUGUUUUAGCUCAUCUAUGUUAGGGUAUAUAAUUCUGAAUAUUAUUAUGUAUUAAAGAUUUUAAUAAUUAUUGUGUAGCUGUAAUCUUACAAUGUACUAGUAUAUAACCUGUACACCAAAGGACUAUUAAAGAAUCCAUCAAAU